UUACAGCACGGUCCGAGUUGAGAGCCGUACCAAAUAAACAUGGCGGAUUCCUCGCGCACAGUAGAGUGUGAAAUAUUUACUGGUAAAGAAAUGGACACUCAAAUGGAAGAACGUGUGAGUAAUGAGAAUGGUGGUGAAUGUGACAAGGAAGAAGACGUGACUAACACUCAAACAGAGGACCCUUUCAAAAAACCUGCUCUCUUUGCGGCGCCUUCGCUCAUGAGUAAACGAGGUCUUGUCGCGAGCAGAGCACCAAAAAAGCCUACACAUGAAGAAAAUGGCGACAAAGAACUACAACCAUCUACUUCAGAUAGUAGUGAGGCAUCUUCAGAUGAGCAAACCACCCCUUCCACGUCGGAUAAUGACAACACAACGUCACGGAAAGGUGCAGAGAGCGAAACACAUCCCGAAAAAGACAAGACUAGUGAUGGUGUUGCCGCAAAGACCAAACUGCAAGACGUCCAACCCCCACCAAGAUUUCCUGUCAAAGGAACACCUAUUGGCAAAUUUAAACCCCACCCUCCUGUUCCAUACGCCGAACCUCCUUGGGCAGGAGUGGCAGAUGUCCCAUAUUCCCUAGAAACCCUCAAGAAUGGCACUAUAGUUGAUACGGUCCCACUCACCCAGCAGAGUUAUUUUGUGGUCGGGCGUUUACCUGUGUGUGAUGUAUCCCUGGAACACCCCUCAAUCUCCAGGUAUCACGCUGUCAUUCAGUACCGUGGGCUGGCAGGAGAGGAGGAGGCAGUUGGAGAGGCGAGAGGGUUCUAUGUCCAUGACCUGGGCAGCACACAUGGUACCUUCGUCAACAAGAACAAGAUACCACCGAAUACCUACAUCAGAGUGCGGGUUGGGCACGUACUCAAAUUCGGGGGAAGCACUAGACUUUUCAUCAUGCAGGGUCCAGAGUUUGACGAAGAGGCGGAGUCAGACCUGACUGUCACAGAGCUGCGGGAGCGAGCCAGGAAGCAGCGGGAGGACCUGGAGAGGAGGAUGAUGGGAGAAGGCUCGGAUGAGGAGGAAAAGGAAGAGGGGAUAGAAAGCAGUGGCAUCAAGGGAAAGAGUUUAAACGAUGAUUCGGGCUGUUCCUGGGGAAUAGAUGAUGACGCAGCCCCUGAAGAGGAUGAGAACGAGGAGAACCCCUUCUCCACAGAGUUCCAGGAGGACCAAGAGGCUGCUUACCUGAAGGACCCUAAGAAAGCACUACAGGGCUUCUUUGACAGAGAAGGGGAAGAGCUCGAGUUUGAGUAUGAAGACAAAAGCCACGGUACCUGGCUCUGCAGAGUAAAGCUCCCAGUGGAUGACGCUUCAGGGAAGCAGCUGGUCGCCGAGGUGACCCACAUAGGGAAGAAGAAAGAUGCGGCCAUCCAGUCUUCCCUGGAGGCGUGUCGCAUCCUGGAGGCCCGGGGCCUGCUCAGGCAGGAGGCAGUUUCCCGCAAGCGCAAGAAGAAGAACUGGGAAGACGAGGAUUUCUAUGACAGUGACGAUGAUAACUUUCUGGACCGCACCGGUGCUGUGGAGAAGAAGAGACAGGAGCGCAUGAAGAGGGCGGGAAAGAUUCAGGAGCGCCCGGACACUUACGAGUCACUGGUGGCCAAACUGUUGGUGGUUGAGAAGGAGCUGGCAGAGACCGAGAAGAAGCUCAGUGCUACAGGGAGAGACGGCUCUCACUCGUCCUCCGAGGACCCCCUGGAUGCCUUCAUGGUCGCCGUGCGCAGCGAGGCGGCGCUGGACGGAGUGGAGCGCCGUAAGCUGCACGUGCACGCCGCCGACCUGCGCAAGGAGGCCCAGAGACUGCGUCGGCUGGUGGAGCUCACGCGGCCAGCCCAGAUGCCUUCACUGCAGACGGGGAGUGGGUCGUCCGAUGCAGACAAGCCUAAGAAGCGAUCCCUACCGCUGUUUGGUGCCAUGAAGGGAGGCGCCAAGUUCAAACUGAAGACUGGGACCAUAGGGAAGUUGCCCCCGAAGCGAGCCAACCUGCCCGCAGAACUCUUCAACAUGAAAGGAGAGGAAGAGGAGGAAGAAGAGGAGGAGGAUGACAACAACAAAGGGAGUGAAGACUUGACUGAGGCUGACAUCCAGGCUGAGGAACCCCAACGGUCCAAUGAAAGCACUGAUUCCACAGAGGGCUGCAGUACAGGAUGCCAGAGGCAGGACUCACCUCUGUCCCAACUCCCCAGAGGGAAAAAGCUGUCCCAGAGAAGUAUAGAUGUAGAGGAGCCUGAGGAAACCAUGGAAGAUGCGCCUCUCGGCCGUUUAAAGCCCUUACCAGACCCUAAAGAAGGGGGCAAGGAGGCGGCAGCUGCCAAGCCUAGUCCUAAAAAGUUCUUGAAAAAAAGAACCACUGGCCCCAACAGACCUCCAGCCGCCCAAUCAGGACCGUACCCUGAGGAUGACCCAGACUAUUGUGUCUGGGUGCCCCCCACAGGUCAGUCUGGGGAUGGCCGCACCCACCUCAACGAAAAGUAUGGCUACUGAACACAAGGCUCAAACUUUUGACCCUUUUUCCCCUCAACUCCACCCACCUGCAGACUUAGCAGCAACACACACACAGGCCUCCACCCCCUCAGUAUCUAUUUGUGUUCUAUGACACUCCUGAGUAAGGGAUAUUGCAUACAACAUACACUACUGUUCAAACGUUUAGGGUCACUUAGAAAAGCAAAAAAAAAAGUCCAUUAAAAUAACAUCAAAUUGACAGACGUCUCACAAGUCCUCAACUGGCAUCUUCAUUAAAUAGUACCCGCAAGACACCAGUCUCAACGUCAACAGUGAAGAGGUGACUCCGGGAUGCUGGCCUUCUAUGCAGAGUUCCUCUGUCCAGUGUCUGUGUUCUUUUGCCCAUCUUAAUCUUUUAUUUUUAUUGGCCAGUCUGAGAUAUGGCUUUUUCUUUGCAACUCUGCCUAGAAGGCCAGCAUCCCGGAGUCACCUCUUCACUGUUGAUGUUGAGACUGGUGUUUCGCGGGUACUAUUUAAUGAAGCUGCCAGUUGAGGACUUGAGGCAUCUGUUUCUCACACUAGACACUAAUGUACUUGUCCUCUUGCUCAGUUGUGCACUGGGACCUCACACUCUUUCUAUUCUGGUUAAAGCCAGUUUGCGCUGUUCUGUGAAGGGAGUAGUACACAGCGUUGUAUGAGAUCUUCAGUUUCUUGGCAAUUUCUCGUAUGAAAUAGCCAUAAUUUCUCAGAACAAGAAUAGACUGGCGAGUUUCAGAAAGUCUUUGUUUCUGGCCAUUUUGAGCCUGUAGUCGAACCCAUAAAUGCUGAUGCUCUAGAUAAUCAACUAGUCUAAAGGUCUGUUUUAUUGCUUCUUUACUCAGAACAACAGUUUUCAGCUGUGCUAACAUAAUUGCAAAAAGGUUUUCUAAUAAUCAAUUAGCCUUUAAAAAUGAUACACUUGGAUUAGUUAACACAACGUGCCAUUGGAACACAGGAGUGAUGGUUGCUGAUAAUGGGCCGAUGUAGAUAUUCCAUAAAAAGUCAGCUGUUUCCAGCUACAAUAGUCAUUGACAACAUUAACAAUGUCUACACUGUAUUUCUGAUCAAUUUGAUGUUAUUUUAAUGGACAAAAUGUGCUUUUCUUUCAAAAACAAGGACAUUUCUAAGUGACCCCAAACUUUUGAACGGUGUACCCUUUUUGAAUUCACUUCUGGGAAAAUGGCAACAAUGUGGAGGCUGGCACUGGGAAAGCGUACAGUGUUGCCCUCUUUGUGAAAAUGACUACAUUUGUUGGUUGCUAGCAGGUUUGUAGUUGCCUCAUGGUAACCAUUGCCUUCUUUCUCCAAGAUGACCAUGUCAUUGAAAUAACUUGGUGAAUGUUUUGCAUUACAUAUCCUCGAACAGUGUGAAAAAGGACCAGUCUCAUUACAGUUAAGAUAUCAGUCCUCACAUACUGGUUAGUUUGCUAGCCAGCAGAUCCGAACCACUUGCUUUUACAGCUGCACUAGGGUCGGAAAGCAUUCCUGUGUGUAUUAAGACACCGCUGAGCCGGUGCAAGAUAUAGCUCGGAGAAUGAACCUCAAUCCAGGGAUGAGAAAUGUUGGAAUAAUGGAACAAUUCGGAGUAUAAAGCAUUUCACAUCCCUGGAUUGAGGUUCGUUUCCCGAGGCAUAUCUUGUACAGGCUCAGCUGUGUUAAUAAAAACAGGAAUUAUGCCUGACCCUAGUGUAGCUGUAAGGAAGCAGGUUGGAUCUGCUGGCUAGUUACUGUAGUAGGCCUGCCUGAAAGCACUUGACUCACCCCCUUGUAAGUAAUAGAGAUAGGCUGCACUUAAACCGAGUCCAAUUUGAAUUGGCCCUAUCCUAUGUCAGAUGAGUGUACAGCAUAUAGUGAAGGAUUUAGUGUUAGUGCCCACAUUCACUCAUCCGAGGUCGGCUUUGUUACUUUGGCUGCUCUCUCGCAGCUAAGCCCACCUGACGUCCGAACAGUAUGGGUUCGCUGUUGGGUUUCACUGUCAAUUGCUGGCGUAACCCUUUUUCAAAGGAGAGUGAGUGUGAGGGAGCGCAUUUAAGCAGCUUGCAGACCAUCUGGACAUGUGUGUGGCAUUACUGGAUAAAACGCAAGCUGAUAAUGAGUCAAGUCAAAAGUAGUGUGUGUGUCCUCCCUCUUCAAAGUGUCUUUUUAACCAGAUCUUCAUAAAGAGUGACUCAGCGUUUAGGAGCCUGGUGUGUGUGAAGUAGGGUUUCGUUUGUGGCAAGCUACCUAGAGCAGGAUUACACUGCCUCAGAAAUCCCACACGGCAUUUAUUCUUGUUCAUUUUCUCCCUCCACCUCACUACUAUUCUGUCUUAUUCUGUCCAGCUGAGAAUCUUAAACUUGGGAGGUUAAAAAUGAUACUCUUCCAGAAGUUGUGUAUUUUGUAACUUUUUAUUUGUACAAUAAAGUUGUCCACACGGUACUUAGCCCA